GGGGCCUCAAUUGAUUUGCAAAUAAUUGGAAACUUUAAUUCGACAGAAAAUAAUUAAAAACUGUCUGGCUUGCCACUCAAGUCUUGUCAAUUCCCAGAAGCAUCUUUUGAAAAGUGAUCGCUGCGACCUGACGAAGCUCAAAGCUCUGCCGCUGCACGAAAUUUAAACCGUGUACGCUUGAAGUGCAACGUGGAGUACCACCUUCGUAUCUCCCUGCGGCGAUCAUUUGUGCAACUCGACCAUUUCUACCGCAGAGGAGUGGAGUAAGGCCAAGCAAAACAAAAACUGCCGUGACUGAAUAACGUUUUGCGCCACCGACUGGUAGAGAGCCCGGGGUUAUAAAACAUUUAGCACCGACCGUGAAUUAAGCUUAAUUAUGACGUCCCAGUUGGGCCCUUUAGGGACGAACACUUCAACUCAACCAGUACAGAGACAAUCGGGUAGUAAGAGAAAGCGAUCACAAACUCGUGACUUGUCGCCUCCAUUGACUCCUCUAUCUCCAUCCGCAUCUCAUUCAAAACGAAGUGAGACUUCAACAUCCGCCUUCGAGCUGAUCGAAGCCGAGGUAAGCAUAUAAGUACAUUGUAAACCAAGUCAAGUAGUGAACCGAUCACUGUCUGCACUUGUCACAAUACACUUGAUCCUCUAGCGAGUUUAAGUCGCUCGUUCAGCUAAGUGAUCGACUCAACAACCUGACGUUUCGUCAUAUAUGGCGGUAGGCUAAAAUUCGCCAAGUCCUUGCAUAACUUUGAAAAUCAUCGCUGCCAGUUUUGACGGUAUCGAUGUUGUGAGAGUGUGUCACACCGGUAUACCACAGCGCAUGCUACCUUUCGUGAGAUAAUAGGGUUAUUAACUCCAUAUGCCUUUUCAUUUGAUAGGAACGAGUCCUUGGGCUCCAUGGAGUAAGCACAGUCAGUGGAUCGGGCGUCGUAUCGUCGCCAUCGUCCAAUGUUACAAGUGCAGGUAUAGUGUCGUGUGCCCCUCGUCUGUCUCAUACUCCACCUCACGACUUCCGUGAGGUUCUCGCCUCAUCGAUGCAACCUCAAGCUCAUCAAUACUACGCUCCGCAGUAUAAUCCGUUACACUUUCAACAGCAGCAACCUCCAAGGUUCGACUUUUCGCACCCGCUAGAGCCGUUUCAAACAGCGCAUUCACAGCAAUACGGCAAUGGACCAACAGGCUUUCACCCAACUACCGGGGCGCCUCAUCAAUCUAUGGCCGGGCCUAAUCAUCCACAGCCUGUGUCGCAGCAUCAAGCACGCCAUCCUGUUCUCCGAACACGACCGUCCGAUGUGGAAGCUUUGCAACAAGCGCACAUAAAUCAUCAGUUUGCUGGAGCGGCCAUGGAACACGCGAGGAGAAGAGAGGUGUAUUCAGCCGUACGUAGGCCUGAUAUGUUCGAUAUGUUAUCAACGACCAAUAUACCGGACGCGCAGGUAAAUGACACAAAUUUUGCUCUUUUCCUUAGUUGUCACACUGUGCUGUUCUUCUAAAAUUGAAGCCAAAAAAAUUCGAACUUUUCAGAGAGCUUCGGUUUCUUCUCCGCCAUUUGCACGCGCUAGGGAUGCGACGCAACGGCAUCACAACGUGCGAGGGCAGAACGAAAGAACAAAUAAAACUUUGGAGAAAAUAUCAGAGGAAGCCGCUUUUUUAUCCUUUCAGGCACGAAGCAGUCGGUAAUGCCAGUUACGGUUUUUGAGAUAACCACGAGCAUCCGUUGUGGGUCUUAAACAUCUGUGAUCAUUGAAAUUCAGGUGCUGACUGACACCCUCCUUAUAGAGCGUGUGAGCAAACUAAAUCUUAAGAUACGCCAAUCUUCAAGGUCACAAGUGACAAUUUUGAGUUCUCCGGUCAAUAUUAUCUUUAAAGCCUGUAGCGUUAUACCUAGUGCUGUUUAUAGCUAACACUCAAGCUAAAUUUCCUUUCCAUUCAACUGCCUUUCAAGUCCGCGGCAAUAUACCACCCUGCCUUUAUUUGCCUUAUCAAGUCUUCCUUCGGAGCAAAGCCGAAAAUCGAUCGCAAAGUCCUGUGGCGCGAAGUGGUUUGUUUUCAAGUUUUAACCGGCGCCGUUGAUAACUAGGAAGUUUGCUCCCUACAAUUUUGAACAAUAUGUGUGUUUUUGUGGAACAGUUGCCUACAUCAAUAACAUGAAAAUACGAGAAAAAGUCACGAUAGCGCGACGUAUGACAAUGGAUUCCUUAAGCCUUAAGACAAAAAGCACUUGAGUAGCGUGAGGUGUUGCGGUUUGAAACGGAAGACUUCUACUAAUAUCUCUUUUCUAGCUUUUUUAACAAUGCUUUCUAGACUACUCUGUUGAAGUUAAUGAAUAACGGUUGUCCGGGCUAUUUUAUACGGGAAACAAAGAGUUCAAAAUGCUAACUACUUUCUUAACAAAAACCGAACAAAUCAUUUGCAAGGGAAAGUGUCACUCCAGGUGAAAAUUUAUAGGCGUUGAGCUGAACACAUAAAAAUUACCAUCGACACCUUCUUCGUGACUUCCUAGCGUUUUAGUGUUUGGGAAACGGGUUGCCUAUUUAUGAAGAAUAGGUGUUUUAACAAAGCUUAAAUCAUUCCAUUUUGAAGUUUUCAAACACCCCAUGUGGAGCAGAAGACAUAAAUAAAUUCGAAACAUUCGUCUAUCAAUACUCUUAUACCACAGUGAGAUCUAAACAUUAUAAAAGGUGGACCGUAAAGACCAUUCUUCGUGAGAAAAGAGAGUUUUUCAAUUACAAAAUCUUACAGUCGAAGAAAAAAGGUGAUGACGAGUCGGUCGCAGUAUAUAUACAAACACUUCUCAUUUUCGCCUCAUUGACCACAAGUCGCUGUUACUAUCAUGAAAAAUUGGAAGCGAGAGGGUUGAUGUCUGUUGGUAGAAAAUUGAAGUUAAAAUGCACCUCAACAAUACAUUGAAUCCUUUCUACUGCAUUUAAUGACUUUUUUUUGGCAUCUCGCAAGAAGCCGCUUGCCGAGGCGCCUAGAUUUUUGAAUAGGCAAUAUAUCAAUAUAUCGUGGUCUUCUGUGUUUAGACGUCUUCCUUUUUGAGCUCUCAGUAGGGAGCAAUUAUAAAACAACCACGGAGUGGCUCGCUCCGUCGAACAUUCUAUUCAUUGUAUCCGAUAACACUGACGUUUUCCCCAAGUUGUAUUUUCUGGAAAAACUCCUCUAGGAACUUUUCAUAAAAAAAUUCAGUCUCUUUGCUAGUGUUUACGAUCGUAUGGCUGUAUUUAACGGUUUAUCUUCACGGUUCUUUUCACGGCGGAUCAGUGUUGACCCCAGAGCACUUUACAGCCUGUUGGUAAAGGUGUAAAACACUCCAGGUUUCCUAAUCUCAUUUGCUUAGUUUACUUUAAGAUUUUAAAGUGAUUUUCAAACACGCGACUUAGCCAAGGCGUUUAUUGAUCAACCCUUUGACAACAGGUCCGACUAAGAGUUUCUUCGCUUCGCGAUAAUUAGCCAACAGAAAUUUCAACUGUCGGGCGUCAAGCCAACCCUCGCUAGCAAAAAUUACAAUGAAAGGGCGGAAGGCAUUAAAUAGAUCUGCGGCUUUGAAAUAAAAACGUAGCGAUUAGCAAAACCAUUUCGAACCCCACAACAACACAUUUGUUCUUUGAUUAUUUAGUGAAUUUUUUUGCAUCUUUCUUCGACUACUUGUUCCAUAGUGUAUAGAUUACACCUUCACAGCUUGGGUGCUUUCAUUUCAAACGAUCCCUUUGAAACAAAAGAAUAGCCAACAGUAUUAGAAAGAAAAUUUCGUUGGCCGACUUUUAAACAAGGAUGUGUUCUUUGUCUCUUAAAAAAUGUCGAAUAAAAUGAUUGCUACGCCAUACAAAGACACCUAAAUAUUUAUCUGGCAUUCAUUAUUGUCUUAUUUUCUUUGCGCUUACAGAAUCAUCGAUCUGGAUUAAACAAUAAAAAUGGAGAAACACCUAAUCACCACAGUGUACGAGACGGUAAGUGAAGAACUUUAUAAUUUUUCGUUUGAAUGACUCUGUUCUGGUUAAAAAUAUAGCUUAAAGGGACACAACAUGCAAAGACUUUGUCUUCUAGUUUUCUUUAGUCACAGUUAUUGUUUUGAUCCAGAAAAUAAAAGUUUAGAUCCAUGUUGCGUAAUAUAACAUCAGCACUACAGGAAAGUACAACUCAACGAUUUUCAUUAGAAGCAUGAGUUCACACUUCUAGUUUGUAUCCAUAAACGUCAUUAUCUUAAGAGGGGAAUGUAAUAAGGAUUACGAGCAGUCCGCCAAAGACUGAAUCCUCUGUAACUUCCCAAUUUUUCAAAUCAGCUCUUAUCGUGUUUAUGAAGACAAGAAAAUAUCUAAUUUACUUUAGUCAGAGGGCAAAACCUUAUCACCUUAUUUUCUAAUAAAAUCGCCGAGAAAAGCUUUUACUGCAGGUGUGUAAAAGAUCUUCAUAGUCAGCAGACAUUUAGCGUGGUUGUUCUAGAAAUAGACAUUUCCUUUUUCUGAACACCAGCUAAACUUUGAAUAGUCAGUCAGUGAUAUUGGCAGUGAACAGCAAUUCAUUCACCCUACCCAAUAAAAAAGUAUAGUAUGUCAGAGUUAAGCCGCUUUUCACAUGUAUAGUGAAAAAAAAAACGAAUAAUCUUACUCGAUUUCAAAUCAUUAAAGCGUUCUGCGAGUUCUUAUUUGAUAAAAAAGAGAGGAAACGGAAAGAUUUAUCUCUUUGCGUCAGUACUUAGCGCGUUCGUCCUAUUCUCGUAAUUAAAGAAGGAUUUAAAACCCAAACAAAGGCGAAGAGCUUAAACCUCUACUUCAUGAAUUUUUCCUUUAAAAGUGUAGAGGAACUAGGUUUCGUUUGUAUGUGAUUAAAUUUGGGGUGAUGUAUCGGUGCAAAAUGGCUUCACUAAUCAAUUUUUCUACCAUGAGUACAUCGUAUGUACCUUGUCUGACAAAGAAGGAUCUUGUAGAAUUUUCAAUUGAGCAAAUGUGCAUAAGUUAUUUAUCUUUUCCAUCAUUAGUGGAGAGACAAUAUUUUGCUUGAGUCAUCAAUCUGCCUUUGACAAGAAAUGGAAAGAACUGAAAUAUAUAACUGGCCAUGUCACAAAACAAUUUAAAUAAAAUUCAAAUUGCAAUAAAGAAUAAGAUUUGUGUGGUUUCCUCUUUGUUUUACUGUUCAUUUGAAGCCGUGCAUUAUUGUGAGUACAAUUCUUAUCCAACAGUGUUCUUCCAUUUCUUUUUCUUUUUUUUUUUUCGUUGUCUGUUAAGAAAAAUAUAGAAAAAUAAAGGAAUAGGAGCCAUAUAUUGACCUGAAAAAAUCGUGUUUGUUGAAGAGAACGUUUAAUUUAUUUCAUAUCACCUCAGGCUGGAAAACGUAACUGAUUUUGAAAGUUUGCUUCGUUCUUUAAAGGCUUAAUUGGCCCAUUUUCAUGUUACUGUUAUUACGAUAAUUACUUCUUGCACUUAUUUGUGUUCGUGGGUUGUGUUUCACUACACAGCAGUGAACUCUACCCCCCGAGCCUGCAGACCAGGACAACUGUUUGGGCAAACGAACAUGUUCGGCUACGGGUUGCCGGCACAUAUUUAAUUUCAUGGCCUUUACCAGCUAUGCAGGGUACUUGGAUAGGGCAACUUAAUAACUACUGGAAAAUUACAGUUUGUUUAGGCUUGUUAGAAAAUGCCUCUGGCUGACUCAAAAUUGCAGCAUACUACGAAUGUCAAAGGAGGAAGUAGUAUUUCAUUAAAUUCAUAUUUUCUUUCAACAUUUUGUUAAAAGAAUAUCUGUUGUAAAAUGACAAAUAUCAUUCAGCCUGAAUUUAAAUAUAUCUCUGUACUUUUCCAGGAGACAAGUUCUAUAUUGGAAAGACUUAAGCAAUAUCUUAUUUAGUCCCAAUAAUAUGUGUUCCCACAUUUACACAUUAACAUUGCUUAUAGCUAUUAACGAUAUUUGUUCCGCGUUAGUUUAUGCUUAUUUAUUUACCUAUUUUGCUCGACUGAAGUUCAAUUUUCUGACACUAACUCUUUAAGCUGUCAACAGUUCUGCCGUUUUAAUCAAUUGAACGGUCUCGGAAAAUUUUGUUCGGAAAUAAAGUUCUUUCAGUAGGUUUGAAUCAAGCUUUGGAAAAUGGGGGAAAUGAUGCUGUCAGAAAGAGGAUUACCUUGAACAAAAAUGUCACUGAUCAAAACCUGGCUGUUUUUCUGAAAAUGAAGCGAUUGUAGUUUAUUUUCUAGUUUUCCGAUGUUUCUGCGGGCAGGCGGACACAGUUUUUAUACUGUUGUCGUUACUUUUCUUUGUAUUAUGAUAUUUAUUUUUGAUCAUUGUUAUUAUCGUUCUAAUGUUAAUUUCUACUGACGACAAAAAACAUCUGCUAUAAAAGUUACGCAGAAAGCUUGAAAGGGCUGUUCUUAAGGUGCAAAUUACUAAGAGCAGGUGAAUGCUUUUCUUAUGUUAAUGUUUUAUGAAAAAAUGUAGUUUUACAGGAAAUAUGGGGAAGCCAGCAGAACGCAGUCAUACAUACAUAUACCGCUUGUUCUUCACAUACAGUCAGUCAAUAAGUGUCAUCAACCGCAGUAUAUGGGGGCAGAAUUGAUAUUGCAAACAAAAGAUAAAAGUACACCAACUUUACGGCGUGUUUCCAGCGAUUAUUGCUGUCAUGACAGCUUUUUGUUCUCGUGAAAUCCUAUACCAUGCAAUAUUAUGUUUAUUUCUCUUUGAAAUUCAAAUAUCCUUCUUGUUUUAAGGUGAUAAUUUUUGUUCUGUUAUAAGAAUUUGUUGACCGGACACGCGGUUUGAUAUGGUCUGAAAAACACAACUUCUAGUAUCAUAUCAAUGACACAGUUUUUAAGUGAAUAUAUUUCCCAGCAGGGGUCAACAUACACAGACAUACGCUAAACCUCUGUAGACACCUACUCAUAACGGAUUGCUUAAAAAUUGCUCUCACUUUGAAAAAUGCGGAAGAUAAACUUCGAUAAGAUAUAUUUUUAAGUCAUCUACUGCAGAAUAAGGAUGCAAAGUAAGAAAUUUGUUGUUCGGUGUACGACAGCAGCAAAAUAAGAAUACUUGCAGAACCGCAUCGAGAAUGAAUCAAACUACUUAUUUAAGGAACUGUUUACGCAAGACCGUGGCAAAUGCUUCAGCAGAAACUAAUUUAUUUCGCAACUUUGUGACCAAAACAUCAGACUCAGAUAAAAAAGUUAUAGUAGUUUGACAAAUAUCGAAGAAAAUCUGCUUUCCAUUUUAAUUGUUGGCGACAUAACUUUCUUCAUUUGUGUUAUAUAUAUAUAUAGUGGAUAUCGGAAUGGGUCACUUGAAAACUCUAUGAACCAUCAAACCAUACAUCGCUAAAAAUACUCUAAUAAAACAUCUUAAUCUUAGUGACGCCAACCUAACAUUUAUUAAGAUUCUUUAAGAUGUCGGCAUCUUUUGUGCAUUGGUAAUUUUGUCGUUAUAGUUGAGAUCUAUCAUAGCAGUUUCAUGUCUCUAAUGGCCCGCUCAUGAAAAUGGGCGUUCAAAAAUUGCAGUUUUCUUCCUUAACAUCACGAAAUAAAACAAACAGUUUAUCUGUGUAAAACUUUAAAAUACAGUGUCUAUUUCAAUUCCAUAUCAGAGAAUCUUGCAAACCACACAGUUUGUGACCCCCCUGGUUGGACGUUGUCUUACAAAUGCGAGUGAAUAUGUAGUUAAAACAGCUUGCUUGUUUUGAUUUUCUUUAUUUAUGUUUAUGUUUUGUGAAAUUAAUUGCAACAAGCGCAUUUUGCCAGGGACGUAAUAGGUGUCCCAGCCAUUUAAUCUAUGUAGUGUUUGAUGCUUGACUGAGUUCUGGUUUGUUUCAGGACCUUUGAGCCGGCCUACAUUACUAAACCAGUAUGAUUCAACACGCGCCAUUUGUUCUUCGCAAUUCCACCAGAAACUUUUCCGGGGGCUAAAUUGAUAGAGUUUUUAAUCCUCGCUUUAAACCAUAGUAGUCUGUGCCUCGCAGCUAUCAUGACCAUUUUUUGUCUCGAGAGUUCAGUUAUAAGCGCUCUGUUAUUAAAAAAUUUCAGAUAGUGUUCUUCAAGUUAAAGAGUUUUGAGGCUAAAAUGUACAUUUGCUGUCAGUUAUCGGGUGUAUAACUCAGAAUGGUUCCCAAAAUCCAAAAAAUGAAAUGAGUGACAUGCCCUUGCCAAACAGAGGAGAGAAAGUUGGUUGACUUAAUUCGCAUGUUCCGGCGUUAUUUGUCUGAGUAAGACUUGGCACGAGCUUACAAAUCACUGCUACUUUAAUACACAGAGAACGUCAUUUAUGCUCAUUUUCAACCUCUAUUGUAGAAAAUUCGCUAAAAUUUGAUUCUCUGACUUGACUGUUUGUUAGAAACACAUUUUGUGAACCAACUUGAGAUAAAUUCGCUCCUAUAGAUUGUAUCUUUGAGCAACAGUUAUUUGGUAGGAGAGGUCGAAAAAGUUUUUGUCAGUGAUGUUAGUGAACGGGAAAGUUGACGAUUAAUUUGGUUCGCUUUGCAGAAAGUCCUUUAAUUUAAAGAUCCUUUUUUUCUUGAGAACAGCAGCCUUUUUGAUUAAGAGAAAAGAAAUAGUAUAAAUUAAAAAUAGUAAUCUUACUUCAUUUCUCAUAAGUGCAAAGUCUUUGAAAGAAAUGAGAAUACAAUAUUUAGUCAUUCGAAUGGGUCUGUUUAUCUCUAAAAGAGUAAUCCUUAAAGAGCUCUUUUUUCAUAUCCGCAUCUUAGCUUUUUAGUGUCUGUCAAGGCCAUGAUAAAUCUUGGCCUCAGUUCUGUACUUUGUCUCUGUUCUUGAUCUGCCGGUUCCGAGGGACUUAGUGUCGUUUGGAUGCCGAGAUGCUUUAACAUAACCGUAAUUGCGUCGAGAACUUUAUUAAAAUCAGGACAAACUGUUUAUAAGCAUGUAAAGAGGCGUUGAUGCUUAACCUUUAAUAUAAAUGCCGCCAGCAAAUUUUGGCAGAUUUAAAAGCUGCAAAUGGGCGGGCGAUAACCCUAAGCCAAAAGCGUCUUAACUUAUUAAUUCCUCUUUAAUAAAGGAAAAAUUAAUAAUGCUGGCCUAUAUGGAUUAGUAUAAGACCAGGUCGCUCGCUUUAAGCGACUGAAGGUUUCAGCUGCAUUUUCUCGCUAUUUUAUUUUGGUAAAAAGUUAUUUCCGUGCAUAAGGUUCAAUGUCAGUCUUUAUUUCUUAAGUACCUUGAAAUGUUGUUCCGACAACAAGCUCACGUGGUACAUGUUAAUUCUUGCAUCUUGCUGCUUUCUGUGUGGUUUUAAACUGAGCCUACAUGUUUCUUGCGAACGUACAGAAAAACAUGUCUGGACUUUAACGUAGUUCCCUCCACUUAAUUAAAAAUAUAAACCAAGUUUUUGUUCGAAAUACGCGAUCGUUUUAACAGCCUUGGUUAUAUUUGUAGUUUCUUUAGUCGAAAAAAAGUAAAAAUUCCUUUUGGGAUCCAACUGUGGCAUAAGAGAUGACUUGGGUUACGUGCUGGUUCUGAAAAACUUCUCUUUUUAGUUAGAUCUUGAGUUGUGCCGCAUGAACUUCAUAUGUAGACGUUAAUCUGUACUCACCCGGUAGAGGUUCCUCUUUGAAAUUUUUCUAAAAUCUGUCUAGUUCUCGUUAAUUUGGCAUCUUUAUUUAAGCAAUGCAGUUAAUUUUAAAAUAGCUUUGCGUGUUCUGUAUAAAGUUUUAUUUGUGAAGCCUUUGUAUGGUGAUGUGGGUCAUAUUUUGUGUUAAGUCACUUGAUUAUAUAUUCUGACCAUCCUUUCGAUGCUCCUCGGAGCGAAUAAGUACCACAGUUCAGACGACUUAUCAGUAGCAUGCCGGAAACCGUUUUUGUAGCCCAUGUCGUAGAAAUACCUCUCAAGACAGACAAGAUCCCGCAAUUUUCUGCAAAUGAAAUCAACGGUAGCACCAAUGCUGUUUUUACAAGCACAGGCUCGGUGUUUAAGUAAAAACGCCCUCAGUCACGAAGGGGCGAAAAAGCGAGUAAAUACACACGGUUAUUCCUCAAAAAAAAAAACCUGAACCGUGCAAAGAAAGCACAUGAGAAAUACAGCGCGGCAAUAAAAAGAGCAGGUAUCAGGCCGCACAAUAAAAGUAUCCUAAACAAACGUUAUUAAAGUGGAGGCAAUGGAGAACGAUCCAAAGUUAGGUGCAUGUUACCUACGUGUACGACCUAAACUGUGAACUUGAUCUCGUUAAAACUGGUCAGUAUUAAGUGGUGUGAUUUACACAAGGAGUGGUUCAUUUAAAAAGAAACCGUUCAACGAAAAUAGAUUGUAUUCCGAACUUAGAAAUGUUUGUUUCGUAAUAGGUCACAAACAGAAGCACGUGGAGCGUGAUUCUCGCGAAGAAGUCGACUCGGACGGUCCCGUUCACCCUUCAGAUGUGUUCUGUUGUGUACCGGGCAGGCUGUCUCUUCUUAGUUCUACAUCAAAGUACAAGGUCACAGUUGGCGAAAUCCGCAGGCGACUCUCACACCCCGAGUGUCUGAAUGCUUCGCUGCUGGGUGGAGUGCUUCGGAGGUAUGUGCGUGAUCAACGGCAAUUUUUUUUAAAAAAAAUCAAAAUCGUCACAUGACAAGCCUGCGACAGAGAAAAGGAAUUGAAUUGUUUUCUUUCUCUACCAGGGCCAAGUCUAAGAAUGGGGGUAAAAGCUUGCGUGACAAGCUAGAGAAGAUCGGUCUGUCACUUCCGGCGGGGAGAAGGAAGGCAGCACAAGUCACACUACUUACAUCACUGGUAGAAGGUAAGUACUGAAACUGUUAUUUCUGUUAGGGGGUAUGGUAGCGGUGUAUAGCAGGUAUAAGCCGUGAAUUUUGAUGAAAUAGAUAUAAGAGGUUAUUCGCAGGGAGGUGGUAUAGUUACAGCAAGAGACUCGUUGCAUUCUUAUUUUUAAUCGCCAUUUCCUCAGUAACUACUUUUAGAGUUAUUUUAAUAACCUUUAUAGUCACCUGUAAGAAAGCUGUUGGAUAAUUUUCAUUUAAAUAUUUAAAUCUGGAUAGAAAAGAUUUUAUUUAUCCCUGUUCAAAUUGCGAAGUACCUGGAAGUAAAGACUCCUGUUCUCUAAAAGUUGUUUUUUUCAAGUGAAAUUUAGUCUGGAACUUUGCGACGACUCCGAUAAAGUCAGUUCUAAUAUCUGUUUUGUUUGAUCUUAUUGUAGGCGAGGCCGCUCAUUUAGCCGCGGAUUUUGAUUACGUAUGUGAAUCUGAAUUUCCUGCUGCACAGCUGGCCGAGAGACAGUACAGACAACACGCAGAACCAUCCCAGCAACAAUCUAGGAAAAACGCCAUACUCGCGGCCAAGUACGACAUAUUUCUUUCUUUAGUUAAUUAGCAAGUAACUAAGGAUUUGCACACUAUACCGGCGCCACGGCAUGAACAACAACGGCCCGUGGAGGCACAAGUGGUUCACACACAUGGAACAUUGCGCCGGCACAGUUGGCCGAGAGGGUUUGGAGCACUAAACUGUAGUCUUCACUCCUUAAUAUUUACUUCUGUCUCAGUGGGUUUUAGUCCUCGCUCCAACUUAUUUACUUCGGCGACGGGCCGAAUGGAUCAGUGUUCACACUGUCCGAAAGUAUGGCACAAAACCUAUCCGAUAUGUGACGCUCCACUUUCGUGAUCGGCCCGGCGUAGCUUCGCUCCGUCACAGAAAUCGCUCCUCCCCAACUGUUCUUGUGCGUAAACGGAAGCCUUAUCCGGCGGGUCUGAUUUUCGAGGCGGCGCAAAAGUUGUGCAGUAUAGUGUACAAAUAGCCUAAGUCGCUGUAUGAUUCUCUAGUUAAAAGCUCUUGUGUAGGCUCUAGAGGAAUGCAAAAUGCCCGCUAACUCUGUUUCUGAUCUAUCUCCGCAUUGCCGUUUUCCUCCUUUCAUUUGCCUUCGUAUUCCUUUUUCGGUCCCCGGUCUUCUCUCUAUUUGAAAAUUUGGGGAAUUGAUUGCUAUGUCACACUACACCGUACGAUGUUGAAAUAAACAUUAAGUUCUCUCAAUGUUUGGUAUUCAUGUAUAUCCUUUCUUUCAGACAAUUGACAAAAGAACUUCAAGACGUUCUUGCACAAGACCCCUACCCUAAGACCAGGCUACCCAACAGUAAUCUACCGGACUCCAUCUUACGAAGCCUUAAUCAGUUUGGACUCGUGACUCACGGUUUUGGGUCGCCGGCUAUUAAUGCCGCCAUGAAUGCUUUCCAAGCAUACUUAGGUGAACUGCUUAAAUUACAUGAAGGAAACGUCCCAUCGAGUGGAAACACUGGAGGUAGAAAUCAAAAUAUUGUUAAAAAUGGCGAGGCCUGAUUGGAUGUUAUAUAUUAUCAACAGUUACUGUACAUUUAGAGAAGAAAUUAAAUUUGUACCCAUAGAUAGUGUAUUACAUUGCAGAACGACUGGCGUACGAAGCCACUGUCCCCGGACUUUAAACAUGUAUAGAAUAUAUUAUAAUCAUAAACGACAGAGAGAAAAAUGUGCUACUUUCUCUAUUCAGUAAUAGACUGGACAGAGGAGUGACCGGGUGGGUCCGUAAAUCCCCCCCGGAGGGGAAACUCCCAUGUGGCAGGAGGAUACUCGUCGGGAAAUUGGAAUCAGACCCCGAAAAGAUAACAUUGUGGUAGUGCCUAAAACUUAUUGUUUCUCCUAAAAGAUAGUAAUCGAAAAGAGAGAGCCAAAUAGAGCGAUAGCAAUCUUAAUUGCGGUAAAAAAGUUUUUGAUUUUUUCUUUUUCUUUCUUUAUUUCCUGACGCACAGCCGUAAGUAAAACCCAUGUGGGUAAAACCAUUGGCGUUUUGAACACUCUAAGUGAAACUAAAAUAAGCAAUUUGCACUCCCAAACAAGACCACGGGCAUCCUCGCCCUUUCUAAGGGGAAUCCCCCAGGAAUUAAAUCUCAGAAAACAAUAUAUUUGUGGCUAUUUGUAAUAAAUCAGUUCAACUCUUAGCUAUUCUUAAACAUUCAGUCAACUGAGGCUGCCUCCAUUCGACUCUGUGCACUGUACGCUGGUAAAUUGGUAUGAAUUUAAACGUUCCCUUAACAACUUAUCCAUUCUAAGAAUGGCUUGUUCCAUGCUUUCAAGACAAAAAAAACUGAGAAAGCUAGACUUUGAAGAAAAGAGAAAGGAGGAAGAGAAGGCGGGCGGGACUGUGGGCUCUUCGGAUCCCAGGGCGUUCGCUCUUCUUUUCGCUCGUCCUAACGAACUGAGGGCUUGGAGCAGUCCACUUAAAAGACUGAAAAAUAUCCGUUAGUGUGGACCUGAAUCGUAAGUUUGUAUGCGUUCACACAUGGCCUACGAGCAAGCUCCGCAUUUUGGGGAGUCGCGAGAAGUCACUCGUGAGCUGCACCGAAAGGAUACGUUUCACCACUCGCUCGCGCGUUUUCUGGCGACUCGCUUCCCUCGCCGGACACGGAGAGCUUGCUCGCAGUUAGUUAUUUUUCAUCCAGCUUUUAGAGCAGUGCAGAAUUCAUCCACAGGGAACAGUUUUUAACGUUUGGUCAAUUUCCAGGUACAAGCUGGCCUCAUCCAAACCCUCGGCGACCUUUUAGGAGUGUAGUGAUCCAAGAAAUUAUCUUUUUGUUAUGUUUUAAAAUUCCAGUUGCUAUCAAUAUUUUGCUGUUGCGUUGUAAAAUAUUUAUUUAACAUUCUUGUGAUAUAUGUAUCAAAAUGGUUUCUUUGCACAUUGAGAAUAAUCCUUUGCUAUGAUCCCACACUCAGGCCCUAUGACAUUUUGUUUGCUCGCGUGAUCCUAGGUUGCAUUUGGGCUUGAGGCUAUUCCUUUCUCAGGUUUAGGAAUUAUCAUAAAUUUUGUGUUAAAACACUCUCGAUUGAGAGUUUAAAGUUUAGCCUUUUAAGUCCUGAGGGUGAUCAACAUCAAUUUUCUCCUAACAAAAUCAGUACAUAGUAAAGAUAAAAAGUUAUGAGAAUCAAUGGGAUGAUCACCGAAGGGAAAGUGUUUUGAUUUUUUUAACAAAUUCCCUCAACUAACUCUUUAAGAAAAUGUGUGGAGAUCAGUCUGGGGGAAUUUGUAUGUCUGGAGAAUUUGUGUAUUGGGACUUCAAGGGUUAACAAACGGUUUGAUUUCUUCUUCUGAAUCAACGCCUCAUGCACCGAACUUCUGCUUAAAAAGAGAGAGAACUGAUUUGCACAAAACGCGAUUUUCUAUUUAAGAGUUAUUUAAAAGAUUCUUUGCGAUGUAUUGCACCUCAAGCGAACUAGCUAUAUGAACCUUCUCUUACAAGAAAGCGAAUAAUUGGUUUUGGUCGUGGGAUGGGAAAACGUCUUGCAUCGAAGCUCCUUUGCCAAUUCACUGAUAAAUGAUAAGGCUUUUAAGCAAAAAAAAAUAGUAAAUAUAAAAGUUUAAAAUAACAAAUCCUUAAAAUCACUUUUGUGCAAAUUGGAAUUUCUUUAUAAGAGAAGCCGUUGGACGUACUCUCAGUUUUUUAUUUGGGUCUUUGGGUAGCGAUGGUCUUAAUGCUUCUAAGCUAAAAAUGUGUUCGCAAAAAGUAUUACAAAUUAGAAUUCAGAAAUAAUAAGUAAAUAAAGAAAUUAUACUUCAGUGGAUCACUUGUGAUCAAAAUACAUGCGUUGUUCAGGUUAUUUUCUUAAAGCUAUAUCUUUGGCUAACCUGUGAGCAGAGGUUACUGACCACCAUUUUCGGGGAGUGAACCGCUCUUAGGGUAAUCUUUGAUUUGCUUCUCAACAGGACCCAACAUCCCAAUUUCUCCGUAUACAAUUCUACAAUAAUUUCAAACAGUCAGAAUAAAGACAAACAUAAACCAGA